CGAUCGUAAUGUCUGAAAGGGUUACCACCCUCUGCACAGAGCGGUUCGGCCGACCUUUCCCACUCCAGAAACUGGCCUACAGAGGCUUCCAGGAAGAUGCAGUCCGCCUCCCACACCGUGCUGACACCCAGCGCAUGAACCCGCCAUGUGGUCCUUAGGCACUUGACACCAGGGUUCUACUGCACAUAUCGCAGAACGACCGAUAAUAGAAGGCACGAAGGACAGGCGUAAGCACGGAAAGCGAAUCAGCGAUAUGCAUCUUGUGUCGCCAACAACCAGCCGGUCGAUGCAUCAAUCUAUGAGGUUGUGCGCAAUGCUUCGAGGUGACAUGUCAAAGGCUGAUCCACAAUUGCUACCGCCAGCAUAGGUUGAUUUGACGGCGCGAGCACCGCAAUUGGACUUCGAACAGUAGGUGUUCCGAUAUAGUGCCGGUAUGUGUCCAGGCGAUUUGACCGGCACUAUACCGGGCACCGGCACUAUUCAGAAUUGAGCUUGAAUAGUGCCAAACGGCACUAUUCAGGACUGUUCGACUUCAGAGUGCAGCGCUUGCGCUUUGCGGGGCUGACAGAGUACCAAACGAACGGUAUUUGGACCAAUCGUGGGGUGGGCGACGUGGGCGAGUUUCAUUAAGUUUCGUGGGGCUCUUGGACUGUCGAAAACACGGCACUGGUCACAUUAAAAUUAACUUGAUUGACCAAAUAGAUUUGUUGCACAGCAGUUGUUCUCGUCCCACCUCGGCGCAAGAACUCGCUAGUGAAACGUUGCUGCUGCCUUUCAACUGUAGACUGUGCUGCCCGAUAAAAGNAGCUUGAAUAGUGCCAAACGGCACUAUUCAGGACUGUUCGACUUCAGAGUGCAGCGCUUGCGCUUUGCGGGGCUGACAGAGUACCAAACGAACGGUAUUUGGACCAAUCGUGGGGUGGGCGACGUGGGCGAGUUUCAUUAAGUUUCGUGGGGCUCUUGGACUGUCGAAAACACGGCACUGGUCACAUUAAAAUUAACUUGAUUGACCAAAUAGAUUUGUUGCACAGCAGUUGUUCUCGUCCCACCUCGGCGC